ACUCCCCGCCUCCUAAUCCGCGCACCACGCCUCUCCGACGUCCCUGUCCUGCACGUGCUCCGCACCGAGCACGAAGUCAUGAAGCACUCCCUGAAAGGCGUCGACAAGACCCUAGAAGACACCGUCCGGAGCCUGGACGACGCGCUGCCCCCCAACGACACCAAAAUGUACCACUUCCUCAUCUUCGAGCGGGACACGGGCGAGCUGGUCGGCAAAGGCGGCAUGCACAGCCUCUCCAGCAAGCACUUUGGGUGGCCAGAAGUCGGCUACUCCUUCAAGCAGGCGGCGUGGGGGAAGGGAUACGCGACCGAGUUCUUGAGCGGCUUCAUCGACAACUGGUGGAGUUUGCCUCGCAAAGAGACUGAGCUUGAGGUUGAUCCGAGGAGUGUAGAUUUCGAGGCCGGCAGCAGCAGCCCGACCAUUGGCGAGCGUCUCACGGCCCUGGCAGACGUGAAGAAUGUAGGGAGCGUCAAGGUGUUGGAGAAGACCAGGUUUAGCAAGUUCUCGGAAUGGACGGGGAUUGAUAACCGUGCAGCUUCCAUGGGCCAGGAGAUUACCCUGGCUGGAUUCUCGAUGGCAGCCCCGUUGAAGGACAGCAGCUGA